GGCCCCGCGGCGGGGCGGCGGCGGAGCGGCGGCGGUCGGGGCGGAUGGACCAGGCGCUGCUGCUCGUCCGCAACGAGCUGCCCGCCCCGGGCCUGAACCUCGCCGCCCGCUCCGGCUCCUGCCACCAGUGCUUGUAUCGGUUCCUGGCGUUUGUCCCACCAAGCAACGAGAGCCUGAGAAAACCAGGCACGGCGUCGGUAAUGGUUGAUACACAGCAUCCACUCACUCUGCUGCUCAACAGCUCUGUGGGUGACAGAGAUCUCUGCAAGAUUCAGUAUCAUUUCGGAGAGUUUGGCAAUUAUUCCCUUGUGGUAAAGACCAUAAGUACAAGCAACCAAACUGUUUCUUGUGACCUAAUCAUCAAUGAAGGCCCUAUCAACAGCUACCUUCCUAUUCUCUUUGCUUUCCUGGUUUACAUGGGCAUCCUUGCUCUCCUGAUUGCUGGGCGCCUUCUAAUGAAAAUUGAUCCAGUCAGAAACUGGGUUUACAAGAAACUGAAUCCCAGAGCAACUGAUCGUAUGAUUAACUCCGAGCUCGGAUCCCCGAACACAACAGACUCCAUUAACUAUGAUCCUGCCCCGCAGUCGUGGAGCUCGGGCUCGCGGCAGCGCCUGCGUUCCCUUGACACCUUCCGAGGGCUCUCUCUUGUAAUUAUGGUGUUUGUUAACUAUGGAGGAGGAAAAUACUGGUUCUUCAAACACGAGAGCUGGAAUGGAUUAACAGUUGCAGAUCUGGUGUUUCCAUGGUUUGUGUUCAUCAUGGGGGCAUCAAUAGCAUUGGCACUGGGCUCCAUGCUGAGGUGGGGAAGUUCCAAGUGGAAGAUGCUUAGAAAAAUCAUCUGGAGGAGUGUUGUGCUAAUCCUGCUGGGAAUCAUAGUUGUGAAUCCCAAUUACUGCCUUGGACCUUUGUCCUGGGAUAAUCUGCGUAUUCCAGGCGUGCUCCAGAGGCUGGGAUUCACAUACCUGGUGGUUGCUGCUCUUGAACUCCUGUUUACAAGAGCUGAUAGUGGGACCUGGGAAGGACGAUUCCCUGCUCUGCAGGAUAUUCUCCCCUACUGGCCACAGUGGAUUUUUAUUCUGGUGUUAGAAACAAUUUGGCUCUGCCUGACCUUCUUGUUACCAGUGCCAGAUUGUCCCAGGGGCUAUCUUGGUCCUGGGGGCAUUGGGGACUUCGGAAAGUAUCCCAACUGCACCGGAGGAGCAGCUGGUUACAUUGACCGCUUGCUUCUUGGAGAAAAUCAUAUGUAUCAGCAUCCCUCUUCAGGUGCAGGAAAAAUUACUUUGUUCUACAAAGACCAGCCCAAACAAAUUAUGAGUCGGUUCAUCAUAUGGGGCAUAGUAAUGGGAGUUAUUUCUGCUAUCUUGACAAAAUGUUCUAAAGAAGAAGGGUUUAUUCCAAUAAACAAGAACUUAUGGUCAAUAUCAUAUGUGACAACCAUGAGCUGCUUUGCCUUCAUCCUCUUAUUGCUGAUAUAUUACCUUGUGGAUGUCAAGAAAUGGUGGUCAGGUGCUCCAUUUUUAUACCCAGGAAUGAACUCAAUCCUGGUAUACAUUGGACACCAAGUGUUUGCAAACUACUUCCCUUUUAAGUGGAAGAUGCAAGACAGUCAAUCCCACGCAGAGCAUCUGAUUCAAAACCUCACUGCAACAACUCUUUGGGUCAUAAUAUCUUAUAUACUUUACAGGAGAAGGAUAUUCUGGAAAAUCUGAUAGAGGCGGUCAAGGUCUAGCAGGCCUAGAUUCUGAUGAGGCAAGUGGAUUAGCCUGAAAUAUGGUGGAUUAGCCUGAAAUAUUGCCACUCAGGCUGUAUUACUAAAAAGGGAUACUAGUUCAAGUUUACAGUGCCAUGGAAGUCGUCAUCAAGACUUUUAUGUGACUUAAGGGACAGUAUUUUCCUAUUUAACAAAAACUUACUAGUCUAUUACAGUUGCUCUCUGUUUUCUGUCUUUUGUAAAUAUUUUACUGAUUUCCCUCUUUCAUAUAGAGAAACUGAACAUACAUUAACAGUUGGGCAGCCUAAGACACCCUGAUGGUGUUCAUGAAAGGAACUGCAAGGGAUGGGGGAUGGUGACUGCACGGGGUUAUCAGAAAGGGCCUGUGGUAGCCAUCCCUGCGUGUGACACAGAACCCCCUAACUCAGGGGGUCUGGGGUUAGUAUAUAUCCUUGCCACCUCUUGCAUGCCUGUCCCCUUUGGCUACUGGCACACAUUUAACUUGGCCAGUGACCAUCUGGGAAAGCUUGGAGGCACCUCUGUGUCACAGCCUGGUGGUGCUCUCAGCUGAUCAUGCUUCACUGUAUUUCUCCCAUUUAUUUGACCAAAUCCUUAGGUUUAGAAUCCUGCUGCAGCCUAAAAGCUCUUCUACUGGCUUAUUAAUCAGCAGGCUGCUCCUAGAGGUUUAGCAGCCCAUCUGUGCAUGUUCUAGGCUUUUGUGUAACACACCUCUUGCAUGGACAAGGUCCAAGUUUCAUGUGCUACACUCUAGGAGUGCAGAAAGGCCAUUUCCUAUUGACCGCAUAAUCACUUGGAUAUUACCCAAUUUCAAUCAAAACAAUCCUCUUUCUACAUGAAUUUACUUAAGGACCCUGAAUCUGAAAACCAGCAAUACAGGUAGAAUUCUGCAGACAAGGAAGACCUAACAGACCAAUUCAAUGUAAGAUAACAGUUUUUGGAAAUUCAGGAAAUUCACUCAUGCUGUGAUUUCCAAACUAGUGCUAAUAAAAAACCUGAAAUAC